AAACGUUCAUAAACCCGUCUGACUACUCUGCAGAGCACAACAGCCGGAAAAAUGGCGAACGGCUUCCCCCUGCUGUCCAAAAAACUCCCCGCCAAUUCUCUCAACAAACUCCGAAACCCCUUCUGCAAAUCCCUCUGCUCCCACCACGUCGAGACCCCGCCAAACCCACCCCAACCCACCGCCGAACCCACCACCGCAGACCCCCACGACCAAACCCACUGCCACCACGAACAGGUCCGUAAGCUCAGAAUCCUCCUCCAAAACAACCGCACCGACACCGCCCGCCGCCUCCUCAAAUCCCUCCUCCCCUCCUCCUCCCCCUCGGACCUCUUCUCCUCCUUCUCUCUCUCCUCCCCUUCCCUCAAAACCACCUUCUCCAACCUCCUCCUAUCCCUCUGCGCCGACUCCAACCUGCCCGACCAAGCCACGGACGUCUACCAGCUAAUGAAAAACGACAACGUCUAUCUCGACUUGUCUUCUUUGAAUGCUUUCCUCGAGUCUUUGGUGCGUUCGGGUCAGUAUCAAAAGACCCUCGAUUUGUUCAACGAAGUUAUUUGUUGUGGGAUUAGGGUUGAUAAGUUCACAUACGGAAAGGCGGUGCAGGCGGCGGUGAAGAUGGGGGAUUUGGAGAGGGGUAUGGGGAUUUUGACUGAUAUGAAGAGGUUGGGAGUUAGGGCUAACGGGUUUGUGUAUAAUAUGUUGAUAGGGGGAUUGUGUAAGGAGAGGAGGGUGGAGGAUGCACGGAAACUGUUCGAUGAAAUGAUUAGGAAGAGGGUGGCGGCGAAUAGGGUUACGUAUAAUACGCUUAUCGAUGGGUAUUGUAAGGCGGGGGAUUUGGAGGAGGCGUUUCGGGUGAGGGUGAGGAUGAAGGAGGAGAACGUGGAGCCGAGUAUUGUUACGUUUAAUACGUUGCUGAGUGGGAUGUGUAGGGGGAAGAGGAUGGAGGAAGUGACGAGAGUGUUGGAGGAGAUGAAGAGUUAUGGGUUUGCACCGGAUGGGUUCACUUAUAGUAUAAUUUUUGAUGGGCAUUCGAGGUGUGGUAAUGUGGAGGCUGCGGUGGAUAUGUUUGAUGAGGUGGUACAGAAGGGUGUUCAGAUCAAUGGGUAUACUUGCAGCAUUUUGUUGAAUGGGUUGUGCAAGGAAGGGAAAGUGGACAAGGCCGAGGAAAUUUUGAGGACGUUGAUUGAAAAUGGGCUGGUUCCAACGGAGGUGAUAUACAACACAAUUGUGAAUGGAUAUUGUCGUGCUGGUGAAAUGGAUAAAGCCCUUUCAACCGUAGAGCAGAUGGAAAUUCAUGGGUUGAAGCCAAGCUGCAUCACAUUCAAUAUGCUGAUUAGUAAGUUUUGUGAUUUGGGCAAUAUGGUUGAGGCUGCGGAGUGGGUUAAGAAGAUGGCGGGGAGAGGGGUUGACCCAGAUUCGCAGACGUACAACAUCCUAAUUGACUGUUUUGGAAGGAGUUGCCAAUUUGAGAGUUGUUUCCAGAUUCUCGAGGAAAUGGAAAGUAAUGGGGUAAAGCCCAAUGUUGUAAGCUAUGGUUCCCUUGUGAAUCGUUUAUGCAAGGACGGUAGGCUUCUUGAAGCUGAAAUAACCCUCAGGGAUAUGAUUAAUAGAGGGGUUUUGCCAAAUGCACAAAUAUAUAACAUGCUCAUUGAUGGUCAUUGCACUGCUGGGAAAAUGAAAGAUGCUUUCAGGUUUUUUGAUGAGAUGAAAACGUCUGGGAUUGUUCCAACAGUUGUGACACACAAUUCGCUCAUUCACGGACUCUGCAAAAAGGGUAGGUUGGUGGAAGCUGAAGAGUUGGCACUUCAAAUUGAGAGCGAAGGUUUAAAACCUGAUGUUAUCACUUACAACUCACUACUAUCAGGGUAUUCUCACCUACAGAACACCGAGAAGGCUAUGGAGUUGUAUGAGAGUAUGAAGAAUGCAGGCAUUAAACCUACAUUAAAAACAUUUCAUCCACUAAUUAGUGUGUGCAGCAAAGAUGGGGUAGUGUUAAUGGAGAAAGUGGUUCAAGAAGUGUUGCAAAUGAAUUUGACUCCUGAUCGACCUAUAUACAAUGAAUGUAUUCAUUGUUACUCCAAGCAUGGAGAUGUUCAAAAGGUUUUGGCUUUGUACAAGGCGAUGGUAGAUUGUGGUAUUCAGCCUGACAAGAUGACUUACAAUAGUUUGAUCACAGCCCGCUUUAAAGAGGGGAAAUUGCAGGAAGUGAAGGUGCUUUUUGAUGAAAUGAAGGCCAGAGGAUUGGUUCCUAAAGCUGAUACUUAUAGCAUUUUGAUUAAGGGACAUUGCGAUCUUAACGAUUGCAGCGGGGCAUAUCUUUUGUAUAGAGAAAUGCUUGAGAAUGGUUUCCUGCCAGACAUCAGUAGUUGUAAUGAGCUUGUAUCUGGCCUUAGAAAGCAAGGAAGGCUGAAAGAGACCCAGCUUAUAUUGUCAGAAAUGAGCAUCACUAAAGGAGUAGAUAACUGGUGCACAAAUGAGGAUCUUUCUGCUGUGGCCAAAAUGUAGAGGGGAAAUGUAUCGGGUAUGAUCCAGCUCAGGGCGUUAAGAUAUGUUGAAGACUGAGAGAAGCCAUCUAAUGAUGCAGCAGCUGAGGAAGCAUGGCCCCUACUGGCGGUAGACAUCACAAGUUUGGCACCGCAAGUACAAAAAGCAACUUGAAUCGACAUGAACACAAUUCAUCAGUGCUCGGCCUUCAUUGGUCCGCCAUGAACGGAUGCGCUGGUUGAUGCACUAACUUGCAACGGGUGGAGCUGUAAAGGAAGGUUUGAAGCAGAAUUACUUAUAUGGCCGUUGACAGUACGGAGGAUGGAGGUUGUGGUUUUUGAGGACAAAUGUGAUCGUUCUUUCAUGUGAGCAAGUUCUAAUGGAAGACUUGAAGAGGAAUCACUUGUCUAGCUGCAUACCUAUAUUUUGGAAGCCUCUUUCUGCUUUAGUGAGAAUGGAGUGUAACUGAUUCAUUGAAAACUACGGGAUCUACUAUUUCUCAAACUAUUUGGCAAGAUUGUGCUGCAGUUGGGAGAGUUCUAAAGGCGGGGAAUUGUGUUGCAAGGGCCAAUGAAAUGGAAACCUGGGAGUGGGGGAACAAUUCUAUUUUGGCUAGACAAGUGGCCAACUGACUGCCCUCUCUUGGAGUUUGCUGGAGGUGGUGUUCCAACUUGUACAUGUGGUUCAUGAAAAGCUGGUUUGUGAUUGCAGGAUGACGAACCAUGGAUGGGAUUUGGCCCAACUUGAUGCUGUUCUUCCUUAUCAACCUAAGGAGUCUAUGGAACUACAAUGUAAGUGUGAUCUGGAGAAAUUACUUUAAUUGCUUAACUGACUGCUCCCAGCUAGUGUAAGGAAGGAAUAUUGGUUAACCGUGAUGGAGGUGAGAGAAAUUACUUAAAGUGCUCAGUUGAGGGCCUCCAGUGAUGGAGGAGGUGUUUACCCUGGCCCGCUCGUAAUCUCAAGUUACUUAAGAGCCACCAAAAGUUUAGGAGGCAUAUUGGUUAACCGUGAACAUGAUUCAAAUUUCUUUUGAUUUCCUUUGAGAAGAUUGAUAGACCUGGAGUUUGGGAAUGUUUGAGUGGACCAAUAUUAUGGGUAAUGCUUUGUUAAUUUGGAUCUGGAGAAAUAAGAUUGGGAAUGACUCUUCCCCCAGCGCUCAAGCUCGCAAAGGCUGGUUGGUCUUUUGUUUCUUCUUCCUCUUCUAGUGUCUUGUAUUUUGAUUCUUGUGGUUAUUCACUCUGGCCUCUGUAUCUUGGGCACAUUUCAGGUACUUUACUGUUUAGGUAUGCAGUGUUAUAUGCAAUAUCAUUGAGAAUUUGAGAGGACUGUCAUGGAUGAACUCAUGGAGCAAUUUCACAAGUAUCUGAGUUCAUCUACCAAGGCAAUAAUAGUGCUAGGGAUGCCGCAAUGGUGUACCACUCACCCACGUGUGGUGGGUGCAAGUCCAGUGCCUUGCAGUCCUUCAUGCUGCUCAUUCACUGGUGUGGUGGGUCUACGCCGUGAACGAUUAUGGGAUCCACCGAACUAGUAAGUGUGCUUUAGUUCUAUUGCGGUGUAGAGUUGCGGUUUUAUUGACAAUCUUCCCUCGUGCCCACACUGAUGGCCUUGCUGGAAAUUGUGACUACCAUGGGAAGGAUAAGUAGUUGUGUGACAAUGUUUUGCAACUGAAAAUUGAUAAUACUGGUAGCACCUAGCCCUCAUUUCAAGCUUGUGACUGCCUAUCUCUCUGUUUUUUUGUUUUUUUGGAAGUCCGAGGGAAAUUGUUGUUGAAAUACCAGGGGCGGCAGCUCUACAUGGUUUUCAGGGGUUCAAGCGAACCCUCAAAAUUCAAAAAAUGCACUAAAAAUUUUGUAUUUCUUUUUUAUAUAAUUAUAUUUUUCUUCAAUAUUA